AUGCCGCCGGCAAACCCCAUUAUGCGGCCCGAAAACGAUUUCGCCACCGGCUGGUUGGGUCUGGAAUCAGAACCGGAACGAGAGCAUCGAGAAAGUAGCCGCGACAAACGGGACCUGGCAUUUUGUCCGAUCACACAGACAAUGCGACUCUGCAUUGGGUUUGACGGAAUCCCGGCCGUACCUCCUCAUCAGCACGCCAGCAGAGCGUCCGCCACCGACACUGUUACCAGCACUCGCUAUAACCAACCACACAAGUACGGUAUUUUGGGCGCCCCGAGCCGGAGAGAUGACAAUACGCAGCGUUGGGCCCAGGCCUCUCUAACGGCAUUAUCUGGGUCUCUCGCCUGGUUUUUUCCGCGACUCAACAAUGGCAUCUUCAACCUUGGACAGCUAGCACCUUGGGUAGACUUUCGGGAGGACCAUCACCAUCCCACAACCUUGUGA